UGAAAUAAUGAGAAAGUGUUCCCUAUUGCCACUGCCCACUUGCUUGCGAGACAGACUCAAUGAGCAAGCAGGCCUUGGCAAAUAUUUUUCCUCCUUGUCAUCACUGCAAUUGUUUGCUUGCUCAUUCCUUCUGGGGCAGUGCAGGAGGCAGGUGAACAUGCAGGUGUUGUUGCUGUGGUGAAGUGGAAGAGCAGGUUCAAGGGAGGCUACUCUUCUUUCUCCUGGAAGAUAUCCCAUGCUUGGGAAAAGAACUUGGGUUACCUUUUCCCCCUUGGCUUGGCAAAGAAGGCAGGACUGUUUCAUUCAGUCCUGAAGGCAGCCUUAAUCCAUAAUUUUGUUCCAAGGGACAUGGGCUCUCCUUAUGGUGUAACUCUCAGCACUCCAGAAGAGCAUUACUGGGGGGUUUUCAGAUGCAAUAUAGUGCAAUAUAGAAAAAGGAGGAAGACUACUCUGACUGGUGAACCCUAUUUUCAGAGUAUCAAUCCUUUGUCUAAUGAAACAUCACCAACCAUACGUAAGAAAGAUGUACUGAUAGGUUUGCAGAAAGAGAAGAAAAAUAUUUAGGGGGAUAAAGUCCUAAAAGGGGGAUCCCCUCCAAAAAAAGAAAAGGAAAAAAUACCCAGCCCAACAUGGACCGAACAUGCUUGGUGUCUAUGAAAUGAUAGCCAACUGUUGAAAUGAGAGGAAAUGGAAAUAUGGGGGAGAGGGAAAGUAGUAUCCCCCCAAACGGGUUUGGCUGGGUGGAACCUUUUUAAAAUAUAUAUAUAUAUAUAUUUAUUCAUUUUGCAAUACAAAAAUAUAAAAACACAUAACACAAUUUUUCACAGAUACAUUUUUUGGACUUCCCUCAGCUCUUCUGCAAAUCCUCCGUUUUAAUCCUUCUUCCGCAUUUCUUAAUCCAAUAUUGCCUUUUAUUAAAAACCUCCUCCCUCUUAUUCCCUUUUUUACAAUAUUUCUAAUAAGGCUGGCUGGAACCUUGCAUAGAGGAGCACUCCACACUACAACAUUUUGUUGCAAGUUGCACUUGUUCUAAUUCUCAAGCAUGGGUAUGCUGGAAUAGGUAGAGAAGGAAAACUAAACCUUCCACAAUGACUGCUAACAUAGGGCUGCCGGCUAGAAGGAUAAGAAAAUUAAGCAAGUCAGCCUUGCCUCCUCCUGUGCCUUUAACAGCAAUAUUAGGUAUAGAAAUCUGCAGGUGUAAGUUUUUAUGCAGUGUAAUGAUGAACAUUAUCACCUGAUGUGCUGCUUGCUGCCUAUCAGCCUGUUCUUAAAGGAGCAGCUACAGAGGCUGGCCAGAAGUGUUGGCAUACCAAGUGUGAACUACUUAACAGUCAGGUACCUUUUAAAAACAACAUUUAGAGCAGCUCAGUGGUAUAUGAUUAUUAUUCAGGUGCAAAGCACAACCAAACUACAGUAUACCUGUGCAUUUUCCUCCUUUGUGUAUAGAAGCUUUCUUACUCAAAGUCACAUUCCAUGACAUUUUUUUUUUUUUUUUUUGAAGCCUAUAUAGAAUCAUUUUGAAGCCUAUAUAGAAUCAUUAGAAUUGGAAUAUUGGAAAUUUGACAGCAUUAAUUCAGAAGAGAGUUAUAGUCAAGUUUCAUUAUGCAUAAGAUGCAUUAUGAACAACAAAGCUUCAUUUGGAGUGAGGGUAAUAAUAAUAAUAAUAAUAGACCUAAAGUCCCUGUUAAGGGCAUAACUGCCCUUAUCAUAACAUUGACAAUGUUACAGGACUUCUCGGCAAAGGGGUCUCCAUGUUCUAGAAUUAUUCUCUUCAUAGUAGACUAAUUGGUGAACACCCUAUGGAGAGCAGCCAUGCAGUCUACAGGGCAACUGGAAGAGAAAUGAAUGUGUAUGGGGCAGAGCAGGGGGAGAAAUUCAAUCCAGUUUGCAUUCAGAAGUGAACUUUUCUAAUCCAUACUUUCCAAAACAUAACACAAAGUGAAAUCCAGCCAUUCUUCAAAAUUCACAUACCUCUAAAUUUUGCAAUGCAGUUCUCCAUCCAAGUGAUGUUUACUAAAAAGUCACAUGCUGAAGUCUGCAUAUAAAUGCAUAUAUUAGGGAAAAUUGUGCACAAUUGCUGAAACUAUCAGGUGCAGAAGUUCAAACUUACAUCUUAGGAGAACUUUGCACUAAGAUGCUGCUGAAUUUUCAUUAGUUGUUGUGUGUUUUUUAAAAGCAAACACAGAAUGGUGUGGCAAUGUUGGGAGCUGAAUUUAAGAUUGGACAGGGAGCAGAGAAAAUGAGAGAAACUGAUACUGACAGAUUCACACAUCGCUAGUCUAGGGUUCAAGGGGAGCCUGGACUGCUUAAUUUUAUUCUCACAUAAUUAUCAGUCACUUUUGUAAUCACUGAACAUAGAAUUUUGCAUGACUUGAAUAUUUGAACUGCCCAAAUGUACUUUCUGGACUUUCCAUUUCCGCCCAUGUAUUUUUCUAUUUUAUGUCUGGCUGCCCAUUUGUUUUUAUUUUUACCCUGCAAACUGUGGCACUUGGGAGACAGCAAGUCUGGGAUGUGAAUGCUCACUUGGUGUCUUUGGAUGGAGAGGGUAACUUCAGGUCUUGCUUAAUGUCUUGGUGGCAGAUGAACUUUGCAUUUCAGUGAAUGAGCCAGGAUGAAGCAUGUAAAUAACCCUGAAUGCUCCAAGCAGCCAUUCUGGGUGUAAUUCAUCUGUACACUUGUGUAUUAUUAAUAUUAUUAUGAGUGGGGCUGAUACUUAAUUGUGAGACCUUUUGAGUGGUUCUGCUUUAAGUCUGUAGAUCAGUUGGCAUAGACCAUGCAUAAACAAAGGCACUUUAUCAGGGUUGCUCCAUAAGCUUUUCACACGUGCUGCUUCUCUCUGCCACUGCAUUAGCGGGCAACUUGUUGCAAAAUACUAGUAUUGCAUCUCCUUUAUAUGACCCCCACUUAAGUCUAUUGUGAGUCUGCAGAGUAAAUUAAGUUAUUUUUGCCCUGCUGGUGGUGAAGGGCUCUCUAUUAGUUGGUUGCUAGAAGGCCACUUACUCUUUUUCUUUUUUUCCUUCGAGGCAGAAGACCUUUUUGUGCCUAUCGUCUUCCCUGUAGAGUUAGUCAAAAGGAUAUGAGAAGCUGUUCCAGAACACAGCAGAGUGACAUCUUCAUGCCAACAUGGGUCACAGGCACAGCAAGUGGUCAGUCCAUUCAAAAGAGAGAGAGCCUCACAUUCCAAAAGAGAAGUACACAGCAACAACAAUUCCUAGUUCACUUGAUGCACCAAGAUCACAUGAUACUUUCAUGUGUAUCCGUGACAAUGAUUCUUCCAUGGCAAGUACAGAAGAGACAAGGCAACUGAGGGGUGCCAACAUGGUUCCACAGGCAACGCAAGAAGAGGUGUUACCUGUUCAGCAGGAGGCUAAAGCCCAACCAGUUUCUGAGAGCCCUCAAAAGUACUUGAACCUGAAACAACCCCAGCUUACUGUAAUGUUGGAGAAGGGGAUUGGGGCAUUUCAGCCAACCAUAACAGGAGUGCAUGAGGCAGAGCUUGCUACACAGAGGCCACCACAUCUGGGAACUUAUUUUCUUGUGACAGAGGAGAUGCCAUCUAAAGAAAGGGCCCUGGAAGACCAAGAGUCAUUGGUCUUGACACCAAGUGGACAGUCUAUGGAGCAAAUAUCAGAAGGUCCUCGUGAAAAUGUCAGAAAGGUGGCAACGGCCAUGAAAACUAUCUGGACUGUAGAUCAUGAGGAUGCAGAAGUUCAAACCACAACAGAGCUGGAGGAGCAUCCCCACUGCUGUACACAAGGAAAACACCAUGAAGAAGAAGAUAAUGAAGAAGACAAUGAUGAAGAUGCUGCUGCUGACAGCAGUAGAUUGUUUACCUCCUACUUACAUGCUACAAAAUGGACACGGUGAGGAACAAGGGGACCACCUUAAAAAGGAAACCACUGAAGGACACUGGGUUGGAAUCAUAGAGGAAUCCUCAUUAAAUUAACCAUGGAAGGAGCCUUAAUGAAGCCCAUAUAAUUCCCUAGUAUGUCUAGGCUGCUGCAGAGAUGAAGGAGCCACAGAUAUGAAACAUUGCAGAAACGCCAAUCAACUUCAGUCUGCCAUAAUACCCACCCCUUUGCCAUGCAAGAAGAGUGUACAUCUCCUCUGGAAAUUCAUUAUCCAGAAUUAUUGGAGAGAGUUGAAGGGGAAAUGCUGUCAGUGAACUGAGGAGGGGUUGGCUUAAUAGGCCUGCUGUUACCUAGUUGACUACAGCAGACUCUAGAUAUCUGCAUAUGUUGGUCUAGUUAGCCUAUAAAGUCAGACUUCUUUAUUCUAUUUUUACACAGAUGAGGUGCUUUUUUUUAAGUACACUAAUUGAUCACAUACUUGGUUUCAUUUUUAUGGGAAAAAUCACCUUUGCUUAUUACUUCAGAACACACUUCUUAAAUGUGUUGGCACGAAAGAUAUAAUCUCACUAGGCGGGG